AUGGCGUCUAUUUUGCCCUUUAUUGGUUGGGCAGUUCUUCCCAAUUAUGCCACGGCGUUUCUCCAAAAUGUCUACUAUGGUAUCACCAUUCGCGCGGGCGACCCUCGUCCCAUGCCUCAGACACCACGCUUCGAGCGCGAUCGCCGUCGCAUCUUCAUCUUCGUGAUCAUCAGCUACCUCCUCUACACGCUAUACGAGACCUUCCACCAAGUACAAGUCGCGGGCGACUACUACAAAGUGCUAGGUGUGUCGCCAUUUGCAGAUGAGCGUACGAUUAAAUCCCGGUUCCGCAAGGUCGCAGCCCAGUUCCAUCCAGACAAGGUCGGACUCGACAAUGGCGCCGAAGCCCAGUUCAUCUUCCUGCGACGAGCUCAGGAGACGCUGGCUGAUCCGGUGAAACGGUUCGCAUAUGACCGAUUCGGGCCUGAUAUGCUGAACUGGGGCGAGCAGAAGACUAUGCGCGACUUUGUGACUGCCUCGCUGUCCCAUGCGGUCAUUCCGCAAUACAUUGGAGGUUUCGCGACGAUGAUCGUGCUGAAUUGGUUGUGGUGGGCGAACUGGGGACGCUACUGGCGCUUCUUCACCUUUGCCGCCCUGGUCACCCUCGAACUCGCGCUAAUCACCCACCCGCAAGCCGUCUUCAUGCCAACAUCCUACCUUCCCUCCACCCUCCGCACCUUCAUCCGCACCUGGAUCCCCGAGGAACAAUCCUUCUACCUCCUCCCCUUCCAAAUCCUCACUCUCGCCCGUCGCGCCUCUAUCACCCUCCACAUCUUCAUCUCGCAAAUGGCCCCGCCCAGUUCCCGCGUCAACGCCAACAAUGGCGACAAAGUCUCCCCGCAAACGAUGCAGCGCAUGAGCCAACUCGUGCAGGCAUCGCGGGGAACCGACUUUGAGGCUACCCGGGCUGGCGCCGUUCCGGGGGAUCGUGAGAGUGUUUCCGCGUUGCGACGGGGGAUGAAGGAGGGGUUGAUUCUUGGGGGAGUGCGGUCUAGUCCGGAGGUGCAACGGGCUGUUGCGGAGGUUAUGGAGAGGAGGGAGGCUGAGAAGGAGGAUAAAGUUGAUUAG